UAAUAUGCUGUGUACUUGCGUUUUGAAACCCAGAUUUGGCGCGUCCUAGGGUUUAAGGAGAUGAAGGGUUUCCAAAAGAAACCGAAAAUCUUUACCGAUAUGGAAAUCAAGAACGUAUUCGUACUAAUUCUAAAUGUGUUGUUUCUUGUAUUAAUUCCAAACUUCCUCUUUUUUUCUAACCCUAGCUCUGCCGCGCCUCAAACAUGGACGACGAUGAAAUUGCUCUCGCCGAUUCUUUCAUCAACUUCGAACUUGCCGCCUAUAGCCCUACCUCCGAUGAUCACUCUGAUCCGAUUAUCAACGAAUCUGGUUCUUCCGUUCCGGGUCUUGCAGUUGGUAGUACCGGUAUUGAGGAGAGGGUUGAGAGUUUGGGUUUAGGUGAAAAGGAAGGCGAGAUUAUAGCUAAGGAUGAUGAUGCUGUUGUGGAGAGUGAAGAGGGUGAAGUUAGAGGCGAGAUUGUGGAGAGUGAAGAUGGCGAGAUUGUGGAGAGUGAGGAUGGCGAGAUUAGAGGCGAGAUUGUGGAGAGUGAAGAUGGCGAGAUUAGAGGCAAUGUUAUUGCUAAUGAUGAUGAGAUUAGAGGCUAUGUUAUAGCUAAUGAUGAUGAUGAUGCUUUUGGAAUGGAGAGUGAAGGUGGCGAGAUUAGAGGGGAUGUUAUUGCCAAUGAUGAUGAGAUUAGAGGCGAGAUUGUUGCUAAUGAUGAUGUUAAUGCAACUGUUACUGAAGGUUCUAAUAGGGAGAGUGAGUGUUUCGGUAGGGGUGUUAAAUUUGACGAGGAGUAUGAAUUGGAAGAAGGGGAGAUAGUGGAAUCUGAUGAUGAUAGAAAAGACGGUUCGAGUGAUGAAGAGUCACAAGAGGGAUCUGUUCGGUUAACGAAUGAGCUUGAGAUUCUUCCUAGGGUCCCUCCUGUGAAUGUGGAAUUGGGACCACAUCAUAUAAUGCUGCCUCUGGGAGUUGUUACAUCUAUUGUCGGUGCUAGAGUCGUUGUGGAAGGGUCGGAGAAUCAUGACCCUCUUGAUCAAGGUUCUGUUCUCUGGAUUACUGGAAGGCAAACACCCCUAGGUGUCAUUGACGAUACCUUUGCACAAGUUAAAAAUCCACAUUAUGUUGUGAGAUACAAUUUGGAAAGUGAAAUCCCGGAAGGAGUCCAUGAGGGAACUUUGAUUUCGUUUGUUGCCGAGUUUGCUAAGCAUGUGCUUAAUUCCAAGGAUCUUUACAAGAAAGGAUCUGAUGCAUCCGGGAUGUUUGAUGAGGAAGUGUUCAACGAAACGGAAUUUUCGGAUGAUGAGAAAGAGGCCGAGUACAAUAGAAUGCAAAAACAAGCAAAAAGAGGCCAAAGCAGUCGAAAUUCUGAUAGGAUGAAAAACGACAGGCAGCAUGAACCACUAAAUGAUGGUUCCAUCCCUAAGAGGCAAAUAGUUGCUCAUGGUCACGGUCCACCUAUUCCGAGCAGUGGACAAGGCUUUUUUGGUGUUGGCCGUGGUCAUUCUUCCCCUCUUCCUGGCACUGGACAAGGCUUUUCUGGUGUUGGCCGUGGUCAUUCUUCCCCUCUUCCUGGCACUGGACAAGGCUUUUCUGGUGUUGGCCGUGGUCGUUCUUCCCCUCUUCCGCCACUACUGGCAUUGCCCCACCGGCCUAGUGGAUUCCCUACAAAUAGUGUCUCAUGGAACCCAGAAAAUACCCAAAAUUUUCAUCAGCAGCCGAUGCAAGGAAUCCCAUUUCAACAGCAGUUCAAUCCCAGCCAAAGGUUUCCUCCACCAACUGUAUAUCCUGGAGGACAGCCCAAUAUGUAUGCAGAACCCAUGCAUGCACAGCAGCCCAUGAAUCAAAACCAAUGGACACACUUUCCCCAGUUUCAAGCACCUACAUGUUUUCAACCAAGUAAUAUUUCAGGCAAUCUAGGUGGCCCUCCUCAUCAAUUCAACCCACCAACAAAUUUUCAUUCACCGCCAAUUGCAGGCAGUCAAGGUGGCCCUGGGCAUCAAUUCAGUCCACCUGCAAAUUUUCAAUCACCACCAAUUUUAGGCUAUCAAGGUGGCCCUCCGCUUCAGUUCAACCCACCUGCAAAUAUUCAAUCACCACCAAUUUCAGCCAAUCAGAAUCCUCCACAACUUAAUCAGCAAUUCAAUCCCGGUGCUUAUGAUGGCCGCCAGAGAACAUUUGCCAGUCGCAGAAGGAGACCAUCCCAUAGAGGAGGUAAAGGUUGGCGACCAUCCAGAUAAAAGCUACUGUGUAAAGGUCAGUACACAUUGAAACAAUUUCUCUGGUUGGAACAUUAUGGAAGCAACGCAUACUUCAUUUUGUUGCGAUUCAUGUAAUGAGUUCAUAUUACAUUGGUCAUUUGUUUUCAUUAGACUUUGAUUUGUAUAGUCAUGACUGAAGAUUUCCUCCUUGGUGGCUUGGUAGACAAAUAUUUUUUGACCAAGGAUGAAUUGUAAAAAGGAAACAAAUGAAAAAAAAAUUGUGCAAAAAAGUUUCAAGUUUGAUCUGCAAAGUACAUACACUCUUCGCAAGAGGGUUCAUUGGCUAUAGUGAUGGAGGAUUAAAAUAAAUAGAAACCCUACUCAAAAAAUAAGAUCUCAAAAUUGGAAUGACAUUGAUUGAAACUUUUUUUCAGUUUUUUCACUGUGUAUUUUGUUUUAAUAGAAUUUGACUUUGGAACUAAAUGCACUUCACUCAUAAAUGGAGUGUAUUUAAUAAACUUG